AUGUUUGUUCGAAUCACCAACAUCCACCUUCUUGUGGGCUUAUUGCUGCUCCUGUUUCUCUUGUUCUCAACAUGGAAAAAGUUAGAGACCCACAACAAAGGAGGAAGCACCUCAGCUUCUGCCAAGAACCAUGUGCUGAUCCUCUCCACUUGGCGUUCAGGCUCCACAUUUGCAGGGCAACUCUUUAACCAGCACCCUGAGGUCUUCUAUCUGAUGGAGCCAGCAAAACACAUAUGGAACAGCAUGCGCUGGGGAAGCCCUGAGCUUCUCCAGGGGGCCCUGCGGGACUUGCUGCACUCUGUCUUCCUGUGUGACAUGGAGGCCCUCCGCCCCUACAUCUCAUACCCCAGCCGAGUCUCUCACCUUUUCAUGUGGUCCAUGAGCAGGGGAUUGUGCUCCCCUCCAGCCUGUGAGGUCUUCAACCGCUCUGACAUUGUGGACAGCAAAAAGUGCGAAGCCCAAUGUGGACAUGCCCCUUUUGAGAAGAUUUCUGAAGCUUGCACUACCUACAACCAUGUGGCAGUGAAGACAGUCCGCCUCUUCCAACUGGAAGCACUGUUUCCUCUCUUGACAGACCCCAUGCUCCACCUUCAUAUUAUCCACUUGGUCAGAGACCCUCGAGCAAUCUAUGCCUCCCGCCAGAUCGUGUCUCUUCUCCCUGACGAUCAGUUCAUCGAUAACUCCAUCAACAGUACUCCUGACACCCGUAGGAUCAUGUACAAGAUUUGCCACAGCCAAGUCGAGAUUUACCUUGCAGCCUUGUACCGCAUGCCUCUGGCCUUGAGGGGGCGCUAUCAACUAACACGUUAUGAAGACCUGGUGGGAGACCCUUUGGGACACCUGGCCAAGUGGUACCAUUUCACAGGCCUGACUUCCUCCCCCAGAAUCCAGGACUGGGUCUACAACAUAACUCACUGGCCCACCACAAGUGAUCAAACAGAGCCCCUGAGCAUACAGAAAAAUGCCAAACUCGUCUCCCAGGCUUGGAGGCAGCAACUCAGGUUCCAGGAGGUGCAAGAUGUUCAGGCGAUCUGCAAGGAAGCCAUGGAAGUGUUUGGUUACAAACUAAUGGCAUCUGAAGAAGAACAGAGAGAUCUGUCGCUGGACCCCAUCCUUCCUAUGAAUAAAAUGAAGUCUCCCACAAAAGAGAAACAAGUAUAA